AUUGGUGGUGGGGGUGGGGGAAGAGAGGAGAGCGAGGGGGACAGGGCCUCUCCUCCGCCAUGGCUGAUUGACACCAGAUCUUCCCUCACACCCAAAUCUCUUCCUUUCCAACUUCUUCUUCCUAAUCUCCCAACCCAUUUUAAACCCCUCUAGAACCCCAAAUCCCUGAAAGAAGGUUAGGCCUAGGCAUUCCUGGUUUCUCUCUCUCAUGCAGAUCACAGUUUUCUUCCCUAUUCUGUCCCGCAUCAUUGACCAUUUUUUUUCCCUAACCCGAGGAACAGAGAUUCUAUAGUCGGUUCCGACUGUCAAGCUCUUUACACGAUUAGUGCAGCCACGUUUCUAGGUCGAAAGGUGCGGUUUUUUGUUUCCUGAUCGCAUUCCUAGAACCCUUUUGCUUUCUUUCUUGGUGAUCCAUGAAAUUGGAGAGACGAAUUUGGGUCUUCAUUGGUGUUUCCUUGCUGUGAUUGAACGAUGGGUAAUUGCUGUGCUUCACCGGGAAGCGCCGGACGGAAGAAGAAAAAGAAGAAGGAAAAGACGAAUCCUUUCUCGGGCGGUAACCAGGUUAACAAUGGCCCAGGCGGAAAGCUUGCAGUCUUGAGCAACCCUACAGGCCACGACAUCGAAAGCCGAUACGAGCUCGGCCACGAGCUUGGAAGGGGCGAAUUCGGAAUCACCUACCUCUGCACCGAUCGGGAGACGCAGGAGGUCUUCGCCUGCAAGUCCAUAUCAAAGAAGAAGCUUCGGACUCAGGUCGAUAUCGAGGAUGUCCGGCGGGAGGUGGCAAUCAUGAAGCACCUGCCGAAGCACCCCAACAUAGUGACCCUCAAGGACACUUACGAAGACGACAAUGCCGUCCAUCUCGUGAUGGAGCUUUGCGAGGGCGGCGAGCUAUUCGACCGGAUUGUGGCCCGUGGGCAUUAUACAGAAAGAGCAGCAGCGGCUGUCACCAAAACCAUUGUUGAAGUUGUUCAGCUUUGCCACAAGUAUGGAGUGAUGCAUAGAGACCUAAAACCUGAGAACUUUUUGUUUGCAAACAAGAAGGAAGCUUCUCCCCUUAAAGCAAUUGAUUUUGGACUCUCUGUUUUCUUUAAGCCUGGUGAGUGCUUUACUGAAAUAGUGGGCAGUCCAUACUAUAUGGCCCCAGAGGUGCUGAAACGAAAUUAUGGGCCGGAAGUUGAUGUAUGGAGUGCAGGCGUUAUUCUGUACAUCCUACUCUGUGGUGUUCCUCCAUUUUGGGCAGAAACUGAACAGGGGGUUGCACAGGCAAUAAUUCGUGGGGUUAUUGACUUCAAGAGAGACCCUUGGCCAAAAGUUUCAGACAAUGCAAAAGAUCUUGUAAAGCGAAUGCUGGAUCCAGAUCCCAAGCAUCGUCUGUCAGCUCAGGAAGUGCUCGAUCAUACAUGGUUGCAGAAUGCAAAAAAAGCUCCAAAUGUUCCUCUCGGAGAGACUGUCAGGGCGAGGCUCAAACAGUUCUCUGUCAUGAGCAAGUUCAAAAAGAAAGCAUUAAGGGUGAUUGCUGAACACUUAUCCGUGGAGGAAGUGGCAGGUAUAAAGGAAAUGUUCAGCAUGAUGGAUUCAAACAACAAUGGAAAAAUUACACUUGAGGAACUGAAAGUGGGCUUGCACAAGAUUGGUCAUCAGGUUCCAGAUGCAGAUGUGCAGAUGUUAAUGGAAGCAGCCGAUGCUGAUGGGAAUGGCACACUGGAUUACGGAGAAUUUGUCGCUAUUUCCAUUCACUUGAAAAAGAUUGGCAAUGAUGAACAUCUACAUAAAGCUUUUGCAUAUUUUGACCGGAAUGAAAGUGGAUACAUUGAGAUCGAGGAGCUGAGAGAUGCCUUGGCUGAUGAAUUAGGUCCAGAUAAUGAUGAAGUUGUCAAUUCAAUAGUCAGAGAUGUUGAUACUGACAAGGAUGGACGGAUAAGUUACGAUGAGUUUGCAACAAUGAUGAAGGCUGGAACUGACUGGAGGAAGGCAUCGAGACAAUAUUCACGGGAGCGUUUUACAAGUCUGAGCUUGAAGCUACUUAGGGAUGGAUCUUUACAGCUGACGAACUAGGGGAGAUGAUAAUGUAUUACGAAGUGUAUUUUUGUUCUCGAUAUUUGCUGCUAGUUCUUUAUUGUUCUUUUGUACCGUGGGUUGGAUUAAGGGGAAAGAAUCAGGGUUGUGUAUUCUUGAUGAUGCAACUGGUAUUAUACUUCACAACAACAACCAUUCUUCGCUUAUAUGAGCAAGACAUUGUGAAGUAGAAUCUGGAACAUGCUUGUAUAAUAUUUCUAUCAUCAACUAUGCCAGUGUUAUCUCAAACUUGUAAAUCCAUUACCUGGACGUGACUUGAUUAUUCAUCAAGGCUUUUUUAGCUGCACCAAACUGUGGUUCUUUGUGCAGUAUUAUUAGACUUGGGGAUAUAACCGGUUCGGAUAUGGUUUGGGUCGUGACUGUUUAAAUGUACUGAAUUGAUGGAAUCAUAUUUUUGAUGUACUUGGAUUAUUUGAAUCUGAAUCAGUUACGUCCCCGGUGGACUUGAUCUCCUCAAA